AUGGAUUUGCAUCACCUGAGCUUGUAUGCUCGCAACGAAGGGACAGAUACUUUCCUCGAACUCAUUGCAAAUCCAUUCCGCUCUGCAUUCACAGUCACCGCCAUCUGGGCCUCUCUAGGCACCUCAAUCGGCGUCACAGUCCUCCUUGCCCUCCUCUUCUCCCUUGUUCGGCCUCGUCACUCGGUUGUCUAUGCACCCAAAGUCAAGCAUGCAGACCUCAAGCACACUCCGCCCCCAGUUGGCAAGGGCAUUUUUGCCUGGGUCAAACCGGUCAUUAAUACACGAGAACCCCAGCUUAUCGAGACUGUCGGCCUGGACGCCGCGAUCUUCCUUCGGUUUACAAAGAUGUGCCGCAACAUUUUCAUCCUACUGAGCAUCAUCGGUUGCCUUGUUAUGAUACCAGUCAAUGUCACACAGAGCAAGGGAUCAACUGAUACCUCGGCGUCUUCCGCCUUCAACAUGAUGACGCCCCUCAACAUUACCAACCCAAUGGCUAUCUGGAGUCAGGUUGUAUGCGCUUGGGCUUUUGAUCUCAUCAUUGCGUUCUUCCUAUGGAGAAACUACCGCGCCGUGCGAACUUUGCGGAGACAAUAUUUCCAAAGCUCCGAAUACCAGCGCAGUCUACAUGCCCGAACCCUGAUGUUAACGGAUAUCCCCUCCAAUAGUCGUACCGACGAAGGAAUUUUGCGACUGACCGAUAAGGUCAAUCCUACCGCUGCUCUUCCUCGGGCUGCUAUUGGCCGUAAUGUCAGAGACUUGCCCCGCAUCAUCAAAGAACAUGAGGAGGUUGUUCGAGAACUGGAGUCCGUUUUGGCGAAAUAUCUCAAGAAUCCAGACCGACUGCCCGCAAAAAGACCUACAGUACGCCCUCCGCGCCAUCAACGCAGCAAACAUCCCGGCGGUAAAGUGGACGCGAUUGAUUAUCUAACAGUCCGGAUCCGUGUUCUGGAAGAGGAGAUCAAACAUGGGCGGGCAUCAAUUGAUCGCCGGAAUGCAAUGCCCUACGGCUUUGCCAGUUGGGACAAUAUCGAACACGCCCACGCUGUCGCAUGGAACGCCCGCCGCAAGCGCCCUGAGGGUACCAUUGUGGCCCUUGCACCACGACCUAGCGAUAUUAUCUGGGAAAACUUACCACUCUCCAAAUCAGCACGCAAGUGGAAGCGACUAGUAAAUUUCAUUUGGGUCACAUGCCUGACGGUUGUAUGGAUUGUUCCUAACGGACUGAUUGCCAUUUUUUUGUCUAACUUGUCGAACCUGGGGUUAGUAUGGCCGGCAUUCCAGAGGUCGCUUGAAGGCAGCCCAAACGUAUGGGCCGCUGUCCAGGGUAUUGCGACGCCUGCUCUAACCUCGCUCGUGUAUCUGGCACUUCCGGUCAUCUUCCGUCGACUUUCUAUCCAAGGUGGCAGCAAGACCAAGACGUCUCGAGAGCGUCAUGUUCUUGGGCAUCUUUAUGCGUUCUUCGUUUUCAACAAUCUGGUUGUCUUUUCGCUCUUUUCGGUCGCUUGGUAUUUCGUAUCGUUCGUGAUUGAUAAGACUAAUAACAAUGAAGACGCUUGGCAAGCUAUCUUGGAAAGUCGAAUGUACGCCAAGUUGGUGAGCGCGUUGUGCACCAUGUCCCCGUUCUGGGUUACAUAUCUUCUGCAGCGCAAUCUCGGCGCCGCCAUCGAUCUUGUUCAGCUUGUGACCAUGGUGUGGGUUUGGUUCUCCAAAACCUUCCUCUCACCGACACCCCGACAAGCCAUUGAGUGGACCGCCCCGCCGCCCUUUGACUACGCUAGUUACUACAACUACUUCCUCUUUUAUGCCACCGUUGCUUUCUGUUUCGCUACAUUGCAGCCGAUUGUACUGCCGGUGACAGCUUUGUACUUUGGCUUGGAUGCUAUGUUGAAGAAAUAUUUGCUGAUGUAUGUGUUUGUGACGAAAAACGAGUCAGGGGGCUCGUUUUGGCGAGUUUUAUUCAAUCGCCUGAUCUUCGCUACUAUUCUUUCCAACGUGAUCAUUGCACUCGUUGCCAAGUCGAGCGGCACAUGGACCAUGGUUUUCUGCGUGAUUCCCUUGCCUUUCAUGAUGAUUGGAUUCAAGAUCUAUUGUAUGAAGACCUUUGAUUCCGACUGCGAGUACUACAACCGCGCGAAUCUAACCGAUGCUGAGGCAUUGGGCGUGAACAAAACCGACAAGAAGGCAUCCGAACGUCUGAACGCCAAAUUCGGACACCCUGCCCUGUACAAACAACUCCUUACGCCAAUGGUUCAUGCCAAGGCUGCCGAAGCACUGAAGCAAAUCUACCAGGGUCGCCUGGAUCAAGGAGAGAUGAAUGGGGAGUACUCAGACGUCGCAAUGAACCCGAUGCUCCCUUCUCAACCUGGCAAGUCCGCCAAAUCUUCACCAUUCGAGGUCGUGCCAGAGAGCCAACUGGACUUCUCGUACUACAAGGACCGAGCAGACUUCCGAGACGAGUUCGGAGGCGGCAUCUACGGUCGACCCGAGGACCUGAUGACAGAGCGGUCUCACACCCCCCGCAGUGCUCUAAGAGGCGAUUGGUCCCCCGGGUCAUCGCGUGCUUCAUCACCAGGACCAUCUCUUCGAUCUGGGAUCCCCCUGAAUAUGCACGAUGACUACGAUGAAUCCGACGCAGGACUCAUCCACCCGGCCUUCCGUACGCCGCUCUCACGGGGUGACAGUGGCAACUCAAACGCAGACGAGGCCGAAUCCCGACUGCUCAGCCACGCCCAGGUCCCUGCGCAAAGCGAUAUCACAAACCCAAUUGAUCGCUGGCGGACCCGUGGCUAUGGACCUGUUGACCAGGACGACGAGCCUUCAUACACCUCCUAUGACGCUUACCGUGCCCAACGGUAA